AGGAGCCGGCAGCCGGCCGAUGCGGCGGGGGCGGCCGAUGGGGCUGAAGCACUCGUCCCGCUGCCUGCUGCUCGGGAGGAGGAGGAGGAGGAAGGCGCCCGAGGGCGCGGCCCAGGUUUGCAGUGAUCCUUCCCGGUUUCCUCAGCCUAUUGCAACUUUAAGAUCUGUUCAGUCUGUGAUUCAUGCUCCUGUCCAACCAGGCCAGGGAAAGAUGGCAAAACUCCUGAGUCCGGAAGAGAUGACAUCAAGAGAUUAUUAUUUUGAUUCAUAUGCCCACUUUGGGAUUCAUGAGGAAAUGUUGAAGGAUGAGGUGCGCACAUUAACAUAUAGGAACUCCAUGUAUCACAAUAAACAUGUAUUUAAGGAUAAGACUGUCUUGGAUGUUGGAAGUGGCACAGGGAUCCUCUCAAUGUUUGCAGCAAAGGCAGGAGCGAAGAAAGUGUACGGGAUCGAAUGUUCCAGUAUAUCUGAUUACUCAGAAAAAAUCAUCAAGGCCAACCAUUUGGAUCACAUAAUCACAAUAUUUAAAGCUAAAGUAGAAGAAGUUGAGUUGCCUGUCAACAAAGUAGACAUUAUCAUCAGCGAAUGGAUGGGCUAUUGUCUUUUCUAUGAGUCUAUGCUGAACACAGUUAUCUUUGCUCGAGACAAAUGGUUGGAAGUGGAUAUUUACACAGUGAAGCCUGAGGACCUGGCAUUUGUGUCUGCAUUUUGUCUCCAGGUUCAGCGCAAUGACUACGUACACGCCUUGGUUACCUAUUUUAAUAUAGAAUUUACAAAAUGCCACAAGAAAACAGGAUUUUCUACAGCUCCAGAUGCUCCUUAUACCCACUGGAAGCAGACUGUAUUCUACUUGGAAGACUACCUGACUGUAAGAAGAGGGGAAGAAAUCUUUGGUACACUGUCCAUGAAACAAAAUGAAAAGAAUGUGCGAGAUUUGGAUUUCACAGUCGAUUUGGAUUUUAAAGGACAACUAUGUGACGUGUCCAUAUCUAAUGACUACCGAAUGCGCUAGCAAGAGGCUUUCUUUGGAAGCAGAAAAGGACAUUGAUUCAUGAUCUGCUGCAAUUCAUGCUGGGAACAAUCCCGUGCAGGACUUUCAGUUGCUGAUGAACAGUUAAUAGGACUGUCCCACCUGCUUGCAGCAAAAACAACUUCGUACUAAUGUACAGUUCAGAUAAUAUUCACUUAUGAAUUUCAGGGGUCUCCCAUGCGUACUGUAGUAUUUUGCUUUCCAGAAUUUUUAAGAGCAGAGGGUUCUCAAUAGAUGGCCAAAAGUGUUUGCAGUAUUAAAAUAUAUACAAAUACUGUCUAUCAGAAGAAUUCUGUUGUUUCAUAAUAGAAUUUUGUUGUGAUUGGUUGGUUUGUUUCUCUUUCAGUUUUAGCUGAGACGAUAAUUACAGUAAAUUUCAAGUACCCUCACAG